AUGGAUACGACCGAAGCGACAACCUUUAUCCCCCCCGAAAAUUUUUCAGACUUGGGAAGGCUAAAGAACGGGGGAGGAAUUAAAGGAGUGAGAAAUGUGGGUAUUCUGCAGAGUUUGUCCCAUCUUGGAAGUGCAAAGAGUUGGACAUGUUUGAAUGACCUGGGGAUUGCGUGCAAUUCGGGAAGUUUUAUCCAUCUGGAUGAUUUCGACGAUUCUAAAUUGAAAACGGAAGAAAACCUAAAACAAGCGGGGAUGAAAGAGUUUGUCCUAAAAUACGAAGAGAACAGAGAAGACAUCCUGCGAAGAAUCACCAACAACCUGAGGGACGAUUACCCGAACAACCCCAGUGGCAGCCUCCAGAGUUACUUGUCUCAGAAGAGGAACCAAAUUGCCUCCCCCAUAACCACCGACAACCCCAAUGUAGAAGUCUUAAAGAAUAUGAGCUCAACGCACGGCCUUUUGAAGAUAUUCCUCAUAACCUUCUUGGCUUCCCUGGUAUUCUUCGCCUUCGUAGUUUUAAUAAAAUAUGUGUACAGCAGAUUCAAAAAGCACAUGGAAAAUCGGCUGAACAAUUACAGUAGUGGAGUGGAAGCGCUAAACUACCUCCCCUAG